AUGGCGGAGGCAGCACCAGCCACGGCAGAGGAGGCCCCGGCCACGGCGGAGGAGGCCCCGGCCACGGCGGAGGAGGCCCCAUGCAUGGUGGAGGUGGCACCAGCGCUGGGGCGGCCUGACUCACCUGAGCCCAUGGUGCUGGAGCGGCAGAGCCUGCUGGCUGUGCGGCAGGAGCAGCUGUACCGCACGGCAGAGAGCCGGUUCCCGCUCCACAGGCUGCUGGUGGUGGCCCGGCUGAGCCGGGGGGUGGCGGCGGAGGAGGUGGCAGCUGGUGCCAACAUUGAGCAGAGGCAAGGGUUCAACUGCACAUGCAAGACUCCUGAAGUGCUCUACGUCUGGGGCUUUCAGAGCAAUGCUUUCGUGUUUCUUCUGAAAAAUAACAACAUAAUCUGUGAAUCUGUUGCCUGUGGCAGCCGGGAAUACCGAGCAGACCACACAUCACUAACUUGCUGGAACUACUGCUAUAAACCGUUUGACAAACUGCCGGUUUUUCUUUUGAAACAAGGUUAUCACAGAGAAUUGUUUGAAAAUGCAUUAGAAGACCACUCAGGAGAACAAGUCUCAGGCCUGCUCCUUCUCUAUUCCAGCUAUAUCUUUCAUGUAGUAGAGUCUUGCAGUAGCACAAUCCACCUCAUUAUCCAAGAUUUAGCUUCUCUCCAAAAUCAAGGUCGCAGGAUGGAAUUCACUCUCUUUCCACUCAGUGCUUUACUCCAGGAAAUUAAGGUUUUAGUGGUGGCACAUAACAUCCCCACCAGACUGUUCCCAGACUGGUACGUGGCGACAGCAACGUCUCCCGUGACGGGCCCACGAGGCUUGACGCAACCACAGUCUGCAGCAGAAGUGGUCGCAGAGUGCCUUACCCUCCUACUCAAAGCGGCAGCCUGUAUUCAGAGUUUUGAGGAUGACACUGAGGAUAUGAAUGAGAGCGUACACACUCUUGCACCCGAGCUGCUAAUCCCGGUAGAGACAAUUAACUACUUGCAUAAUGCUGAAGAAUGUGCAAGUCCAGAAGAUUUUCUGAGGAUUUAUCUGAGUCCUUCACAGCCGGCCCUGGAUUCAGAAACCAACGAGCCGAGCAGCCAGCGACUCACGAGCUACAAGAGCCCAGAGAACGACCGUGUAACCUUCGGGGUCCACCGGAAGCAGUCGUACUCACAAACUUGA